GCACUUGGUCAACAUGGGCAUCCGAGCCAGCGUCGUCUUCUGCGUCACCUCAUUUCUUCUCGGCUGCCUCUUCACCCACUGGAUAGCUGAUUCCCUUACACUCUGGAAAACACCCAUCACGGACGAGCACCUCUGGACAGCAGCUCGCUAUUAUGCUAUUCUCAUUAGAGGCCCAGCACCCCUCUUCUACUUCCUCUCCUCUGUCGUCGUCCUCGGCGCCACCACCAUUCUCUGGAGCCUUCGUGAUGGCGAGGCACCCAACCUCAUGUUUGACGGCGGAAGCAUAUUCCUGUAUUGCACGACCGUCAUAGUCUACCUCUACUCCGUCGUACCACGUCUGAACGACAAAUUCAUCUCCCCCCACCUCCCAGCCUCCUCCACAGCCGAAUUCCCCGCAGCACUACGCAAACCGACGAUCGAGCUCGCCUCGUACCACCUCGCCUGCAGCGUCGCCCUCACCGGCGUGCUCAUCCUCCAGGCCAGCCGGUGGUGGGCAAUGGACUCGGAGCGCGACGGCGACGGCGAGUGGUACAUCGUCGAGGAGAGCGAGGCCGAGGGCGGCGCCGGCGCCACGUCCACCCGCGAGCGCAGCCCCGUCGACGCGCCCACAUCGCCCGUCGCAACAGCCUCGGGCGUGCAGACGGGGAUCCCCGUUUCAUGAUCUAUCUGACAGCCGCUUGAAUGAGAGAAGACGGCCUUUUGUGCCUCUCCGGGCCGGGAGAGCGGCACGGCACGACGACGCGUCAGUCUGCGGGAUCUGCAAUCAAAAUCGAGUGGGGAUGGAAAGGACGUUUUGUCAGAUGUUUAUAGUUUAUUGGCUUCAUUAUCGGAACGAGACUGACGAGGUUAUUAUUGUCACCUAUUCUACUGAUCUGCUGCAGUGCAUAUAUCUGCUUUCACUCACGACGCUCACGAUCAAC